CAGCCCGUUGCACGGAGGAGUAGGGGUUUGCACGCCGGGGAUUGCACCGCCGGAGAGACGUGCAAAGCGGCCAGCCGGGAUCUGCUAGCUGGAGACACCCACCCAGCGCUGCUAGCCCGGACCGGACCAUGAAAGCCAUCAGCCCGGUGCGGUCCGUCAGGAGCUGCUACGAAGCCGUGUGCUGCCUGUCGGACCAGAGCCUGGCCAUCGCCCGGGGCAGCCCCGGCAAGAACCCGGCGCUGGAGGAGCCCAUGAGCCUGCUCUACGACAUGAACGAUUGCUACUCCAAGCUGCGCGAGCUGGUGCCGGGCAUCCCGCAGGGCACCAAGUUGAGCCAGGUGGAGAUCCUCCAGCACGUCAUCGACUACAUCUUCGACCUGCAGAUCGUGCUGGAGGAGCAGGCGAAGGGCCAGGACCCGGCCGCCGAGACCUCCCUCCUCUCCCUGACGGCCUCUGAACUGUGCUCGAAAGACGAGAGACGUUUGUGCCAUUAAUGUCUCUUCCCCCACCAGACUGCAGGUGUGGGAUCACAACGCUUGGCUCUCCAAGGGAGGAGGAGAAGAGACCUUGACUUGGAAAGGAUCAGACUUCAACCCUAUGCAUCCAAUAAUGGAGGGACCUCAGCCUUUAUCUUCCAGAUAUUGUGUCUGUGGAGCAUGUGGCACAAGGCAUUGGAUGCUUGGCUGGUUUUUCAGUACUGUUUCCGCUUCCCCACUCUGCUUCUCUUGCCUGAAAAUGAAUCUCAACAGGCCAGGAAAGACUUUGAUUCUGCCCCCUCCAUCCCCCAACUAAAUGGAUCCGAACUCUUGACUAUUUGAAUUUAACCGCCUCAUUGCACAAGGGCAAGAAAUGCUGGGAACUCCUGACUCCUUGAGCAUCAUCGGCACUGUAAGAUCAGUGUUUUAUGUUCUCGAAAUCCCAAGUGUGCUAGACUGGCUCCCCAGUCAUUAUAUAGAUCUCUUUAAAACGUGGCUGGCUAUAAAGGAGACCACAACAUGCUUUAAAAAGACUUGCAGAGAUGCAGUUGUAUGUAUAUUUUGGAUUAUAGUGUGAUUUAAAAAAAAAACAAAAAACAAAAAAAAACAACUUAAAGGGGGCUGGGUAGAGGGUAAUACCAACAAGAAUUUCAAAACUGAGCUGUUCUGGGGCUGUGGCCUCAUGUUUAUUGUUGAACUCUAUAAUAGAGUAUAACGUUUGUACCUUUUUUGCAGGAAGGUGAAUUUCUGCGAUCAUGCAUUGUACUUGCUUUAUAAACUUUUUAUAAAAGUUAAAAGUUUUUACAUAAUAAAAUUUUAAGUUUGG